UUUUGAUUAAGGCUCCUUAGUAUCGUCCCGGACUACGUGCACCCGAGUCUGAAACGUACCAUUAACGGACUCUUCAUGAGUUUGAUGGCGAGCCUCCCUCCUGAUAACCCGGCCAUGCAUCGUGUCAUUCCAUUCCCGCAAUAUCCGCUUCCGUCAGGCAGUGAAACCGAAGCGAAGGAUUUGCCGGUAGUUCCCCCGACUGCCACGCAUUGGACUUUCCCCUCUGCUUUCGCUUCAACGCCUCGGAGCAGUCCUCAGAAGACUUACGUAAUGGCGACAUUGAACGUUACACCGGAUUCUUUCUCAGAUGGGUCGGUCAACAACACAGUCCCUGAGGCCUUGACGUAUACGACCUCGGCCGUUGCUCACGGUGCGGACAUCGUCGAUGUCGGCGGAUACUCCACUCGCCCCGGAGCGCAGUUCGUGUCGAGCGAGGAAGAAGCAAACAGGGUUGUUCCAGUAAUUCACGCCAUCCGAAACGCAGCUCAGAGCGCAAAUGUCAGCGAGAAAGUCGCUUCUCAGACCCGACAAGCGCUCAUCAGCAUCGACACCUUUCGUUGGGAGGUUGCAGAAGCCGCCGUCAAGGCUGGUGCAAACUGCAUCAAUGACGUUCACGCCUUCACAGGCCCUGCGUACCCGGUUGACGAGGAUGGUGAUGCUCAUCUUCGGAAGCUCCGCGAGGUUGCACGAUCCCUUGCAGUUCCGGUCGUCCUCAUGCACUCUCGUGGCGAAGCGUCGGCAAAUAAAGACUACUCAGCGUAUAACUACGCUGCAGAUGCUCGUGGGCGAGGGGCAAUCCUGGAGUCUGUCCGUGUUGAGCUAGGCAAGAAGGUCGACGCUGCCGUCAAGGGGAAGGGUGGUCUCAGGCGAUGGCUUGUCAUUGUCGACCCGGGGGUUGGAUUUAGCAAGACGCUUGAAGGCAACCUAGAGCUCUUACGAAACUCGUCUUCCAUUAUCGAUCCCACAAAGACCGUAGGACGUGAGGGCGCUCCGAAUCCGCUGGCAGGCUACCCGAUCCUCGUCGGUGCUUCGCGAAAAUCGUUCCUCGGACUUAUCUUGUCGCAGAAAGACACAUCGGGGACGUAUGAAGGCCGAGAAACGAAGCCCAUAGAGCGGGGCUUUGCCACUGCCGCCGCGGUAGCUUGCGCGGUGCAGCAGAAUGCCACUGUAGUUCGAGUCCACGACGUACUCGAGAUGGGUGACGUGGUCAGAGUCUCUUCGCUGCUCUGGGGAUGAAGGAUAAACUAUUUCAUGGAUUCAACUCCUCAUGACGCUAAUGUAAAAGUAGAUAUCGAUUCGUUUGCUAGAAAUAUGAGGGGGCUUAAGGAGCGUCGGACGGUCGCGGUUCAAAAGCAAACAAAGGUUACAUACACUGAGCGUCAAAAGUAAAUGAACACCCACGCCGCUCGAGAUCCAGC